AAUUUUGGAACCGAGCAUAAAUUUUAGUUAAAUUUGCGUUUAAAACUUUCCUAAAAUGGAGUGAAUUUGUGCAUGUCCGAUGCAGUGCAUGUCUGUGUAACGUUUGAUAGUGAAAAUCGACAGAUCUGUGAACGUGCUAGUUUGUCCGGACGAAUUCCAGUUUCUGCUCUUCAUCGCAACUAGGCAGGCAAGCAAACGAACGGCAAUCGUCAUACACGAUUAUUCUGCUGAACUGCGGAGGAAGAGCAACCACAAUCACAAAUAUUGAAUUUCAGUAGCAGCGUGUAGUUAAUUCAUUUGUAGACAACAAAGCGUUAAAAUUAACAGAAAACGGGUGGUCAUGUCCUGCCAGCAGGCAUCUCGGGUUCAGGAAGAUCCAUAUGCUUUCUCAGAGCCGGCUCCUUUGCAAGCAAAUACAUCAAUUUACAAGCAUCCGCACCCAAACAAUAGUAAUUCGAAUUCUAGUGGCACUCCAACCGUAAUACAAGCUGGAACCAGCUUGCUCACAAACAACAGUGGGGUUAAUCAUGUCGUGCAGCGUGUAUCUGCUGGAUCACCCAAAGUGGCACCCCUUAAAGUAACGCUUGUACAGUCCCCAACAGUGACAUUGGCUAAAAACCGUAUUAAUGGCGCAUCUGUUGUGGGAAACCCAACUGGAACGGUCUUUCGAACCGUUUCUGUAUCUGUUCCACAAGCUACAACAAUUGUUCAAAGACCACUGGCUAGCGCUGUGUCGCCUCAGACGAUGAUGACUACAGCUGCAAUCACUACUGCGAAAGCUACACCCACAACAGUAUUUACGAAACCUUUUCAGGUUCAGAUAUCACCGCAGCAGAUAGGAAAAUUUUCCCGGCGUAUUCUAGCUAGCAAGUCGCCCAAUGUUUCUCCGGUUGGUACCACCAUUCAGACGCUCCGAAUAGUAAAGAGUGCAAAUCCACAACAGCAGCAACAACCUAUUGGUGGAAGACCAACUAUUACACCAGACGCAAGAAGAUAUCUCAAUCAUUCCAGUACCAGCGUUUUAGGAAGUCCUCUAACGCUACCAGCAUCCCCUGCAGUAGUAGCCGGAAAGGCAGUUGGGCAACCUGUUUCUGUUCCGCUUCAAGCGAUUUCACCAACAAAAAUUCGACUAAUCCAGCCGCAGCCCCAAGGAAAAAUUUUUCUUCAUACUCCCAACAGUACGAACAGCUUGGCAGCAGCAACGCAUAUUUCUAACCCGGUUAGCAUAGCAGCACUUCGAAGCACUUUGGUGAAGCAGAAUCCUUCACUGUUAAACAAGAUUCCACAUACGGUUACAUCACCGCAAGCAGCUACAACUCUGCAAAUAAACAAUAAUACAGUUCUUCCAGCGUUUAAACCGUCACCGACGAUAACAGCACCUAAGCCAGCGGCAAUAAGCAUCCGCCGGACUUCACCACCGACCGCAAACCAACCUAUUCCUCAGCCGGUAGCUACUAUAGUUGCUCCGACUGUAGCUCUACCCAUAGUAGCUACAACUAAAUCACCGACUAUUUCGUCAACUAUCUUGACGACAACACCCACUAGAACGAUCACUCCAAAUCCGUCAAAUUUACAGUUAAUAUCACGAUCUAAAACACCAACGACAUCUAUUUUGAAACCACAAACUCAACAACAGCCACAGCCACAACCACCAAAGGCGUCUCCAAAUCUGCAAGAUGAUGUUGGUUUCACAAUUCCUUCGUUUGUAAUCCCGAAACAAUCUCCCAAAAGUGAAAUCCCGGCUGCUGCUAAGCAGUUACAGCCAACAACGCCGGUGCCGGUAAUUGCUUCUACGUCGUCCACUGGCAAUAGUAUUCCGUCCAGUGGUAAGCAUUCUAGUAAAUCUAGUAAAUCCAGCCAAUCACAACCACAACCACAGGGAACUAAGCGUACCAAACGGUCAUAUAGUCGUUCAUCUCACCAUGAAACUCUGGAAAGGAUAUCUUCCACUUCGGGAAAACGAGCGAGCAAAAGCGACCACAAUGAGUCCGUUGCUGAUUCCGGAAAACCCGUUCCCGCAGUUCGUUUUCCUAAAUGGAAACCACCAGGUGCCGUCGCUGUUCCUUUAAAUCAAGAAUGGCAUGCUCCUGGCUCGUACGUUUAUGACAUUUGUGCGCCAGGUUCAACUACUUCAAGUUCGCUGGAGCAUUCCACCCUAACCCAAGAUUAUUGGUUCGAGGAAUUUUAUGCUGGUAACGAGCUGGGCGCAGCUGAAGCUGCAAAUCCACUGGCUAUGAGAUCUCGUAAGGGUCGGAAAGCAUUAAUGAACGAGGAAGCUCAAAAUAAAUUACUUUGGAGUACUACAGACGCAGAAGGAGAGUUGAAGAAACUCAGUCGCGAUGAGCGGUUGGAGCUUAAGAGAGCAUACCUUCGACGUAAGGCGGUACAAUACUGGAAUGGGCAGAGGUUGCGUAGUUCAGUUCCUGCCCGAAAACGGCUCAAGCUAGUGCGUAAAAUUCUUGCUCGAUGGGAUGGAGAGCGGGAAGCAAAUUUAAAGAAGAGUGGAGGUACUGAACAAUCCAUUUGCCAGCGGCCAGAAUGUAAUCAAGUAGCUCUAUUGGCAACCACACAUUGCUACCAGCAUAUCACAGAUAAUCACGAGCAACGCCUUUUCCAGCAAUGCACGGCUAAGUUCUCCGACAAUAGUCAAUGCCGAGUGCCGGUAUUUGAUAUUAAACACGAAUUGAUUUUGUGUCGAGAGCACGCUUGGAAGCACGACAACCAUGACAAGAUGUCAGCUGAAGUUAAACUUCAGAAAAAACCAACAUCAAGCACUGCUGCCAAAAAGAAAAUGCCGAAGCCUGUAACGGCUUCGUCGCCAGCGCCUGUCAUAAAAAUUGCCCCGACCAGUGUAACGUCCGCUAAGGUCAACAAAAAGAAAAACAAAAAGAAGCUAACGCCUCUUCAGCAACAACUGGCUUUGCAUCAACUGCAUUACAAACAACAAUAUUCAAGUAUUAUCAACUCAAAACCGGGUACUCAUCCACCAGCAUAUGGAACAACAUCUACAGUCGGCAGUGAUCAGAAAAUGCAAACCAUCCUAUCCCGUCAAGGGGGUAAUUAUUUAAAUCAACAACCGCAGCAGCAGUUUAAGAUACAGCCACAUAUUGCAACUGGGAAUUCGGUUCACACGGCUCCUGUCACCAGCGCUCGUGGGGUAAAUAUUGCCUUACAUCAGCGUCAAAUUGUCCAACCCUAUCAACAACAACAACAACAACAACAACCAAUAACAGCCGUUACUCAAACCCACCUUAAUCUUCAUCAACAACAACAGCAACAAUUUUUGCAACAUCGUAUAGUUAAUCGAAAUGAAGAUCUAAUGUUGAAUUACGCAGUUCAACAGCCACAACCUGUACAUCAAAUAUUAGGUAAUAGUAGCACGCAAGACUUACUAAAUAUUUGCGAAAACAGUUCGGCAUAUGCUAGUUCUGAGGAUACCGGCGUAGGCGGUUUGUCAGAGUCGGAACUAAUGGCUGCCCAAGACGUCAUCGAGGAGAUUCCUUUCGAGAUCGGCAGUCUGAACAACGUGCUGAGCCACUUGCCACCCGAUGCAUUUAACGAGUUGCUAUUUAACGAGCAAGAACAAAAUGCUCCCACAUUUGAAUCCACUCAGGAGGAGGAAGAGGACUUGGAGCGAGCACUGGAGGUAGUCGGCGAGCACGUCAAGUCUCUUGAGGAUAUGACUGUCGAAUCGGCUAACUUCUUGGGUGACUUUUUGGACAAUGUGGACGACGAAAUGUUAGACGGAUCGGAUAUCUGCUCGGAUCAGAUGCUCCAGUCGCCGAGUACGAAUGAUAUUCGCGGUUUAGUGCACACGUAAGCAUUAUCGGUUUAGGUAAACCAUUAAUUAUCAUCUAAGGCACAAACUGUAGCCCCUAUUGCCAUCGUCAUUUAAGGGUGGAAGUGAAGUGAAGUGAGCUAUUUUGUAUAACACAUUAUCUUCACAAUCACCCAGCCAAAUUCAUUUAAGCCGGUUCCCGUACGUGACGUUGGUAAUAGGCGAAAACAGGUAAAGUGACGUGUAAGUAGUGAUUAUAAUAGGGGCCUGUAUGCUGCAUUUGCUAUAUUCCAUAAUGGGAGAAUAUGUAACGUUUAGCUAUCAUGGAAUAAGGAAGAUAGGCCGGUUUGGAUUGGAAAGGUUUGUACAGUUUUAAGGAAAGGGUCCAGAAGAGACCCUUGUAUAUUCCUAUUAAGUUAAUUGAUCGAAUUUACCCAGCUUUUUGUCUGCUCCUUUUAUGUAAGAUUAUAAACGUUCAAAGUGAGGCUUAGUUUAUUUUGCGUUCUCUUUUCGCCAACGAAACAAUAUACAAACGUUUAAAGGCAAAAAAUAGUUCGAAAUUGUAGAUUGGAGUUUUCAAUAAAAUGCUUUAAACAAAUUUCUACUAAACUCUUAUCGAGUAAAAGUAACAAAAGAACCUUAUCGGACACUGAAUACGCUUUGCAACAAGCAAACAAAAAUCGACAAAACGGAUUCUGUGAAUUUGUUUUUCAUUACACCUAACGUAGUUUGCUAUUAUUUGUAAGUAGGCCAUAAGUUAUACUAACUAUUGCGCAAUUAAAGUUGUUUUUCUAGGUUCCAUACAUUCAAGCGGUCAAACAUGUGCGGUCAAUACUACAAUCAUAAUUCCUUCAUUUGAAACACUAAUAACAUUUAUCCAUAUUUAGCGCAACAGGUUUUGUUUUGUGUUUCUGAUUUUAUCCGAAUUCUGUUAGCUUUACU